GACACGAGACCGGGGGUUAAAAAUCCAGAGACUGAAACAAUAAAAACACUAAACGAUCGCUUUGCCACACACAAACACAAGCACACACACACACGCAGACACACACAAGCACUCGCAUACAUACAGAGACAGAAAGGACGAAGGACUCAGAACACAGAACUCAGGACUGCGUCUGUUAACAGCCGCAUUUAAAUUCAAAUGCGAAACGUUGAUCAAACGGUGCAGACGUGUUUCUCCCAACGGUAGCGCUCGGCGUUUUCCCUUAACGAGUUUUUCGUGGCACGACUGAAGUGUACAAGGUUUGGAAAAUUCUUUAUUUUCCUAACAAAUAUAUAUAAAACAAAAAAAAAAAAACACACACACAAGUGCAAGUUGAAGAACAAAAGUGCUGAAUUAAACGUUUAAACUGCAAAUCUAAGCAAAAAUCUCAAGCUAUGUCUUCCUCCGAGGCCGAAGUUGACAUCAGUGUGGUGUCCAGUCCGGAGCCGAGUCCUUUGGGCGCCGCUGCCCGCGACAGUCCGCUGCUGGCCCGCUCGCCGGCCCGUUCCGCCGACGGCAGUUCGCCCCCGGCCACGCCUACCCAUCGCUCCAAUACGCCCAACACGGCCGCCGGCACGCCCACAACGUCCGCCUCGGGCGGCAAUCACUUCCAUCACAGUCCCAGCGGAGGCGCUGUGCCGCCGGCGGUGUUGCACCAUCAUCUGCAGCACCAUCUGAGCAGCCUGGGCAGCCAUCCGGUGGCGCUGCAUCACGCGCUCCACACCUUUGGCCACUUGCAUCCCGCCCACGGGGCCACACAUCCCGCCCUGCUGCAGCACGCACUCACGCCCACCGGCCAGCAGCAGCAGCAACAGUUGCAGGUGCAGCAGCAACACCAGCAGUCGCAUGUCGAGCGCCUUAGUCCGCCAAUGAAGAGUCCGGAGCGGAAUGGCGGCGAUGAGGUGCAAGGACACAGUCUGAACAACAACAACAGUAAGGCCCUCAAUCACAACAACACUUGCGCCUCGGCGGCCGCAGCGGCGGCAGCAGCAGCGGUGGCAGCGGCCAACCUGAGCAACAACAGCAACGACAGCAACGGGAGCAGCGGGGGCGGCGGCGGCAAGAGCACCACCGGCUCCAACGGAUUCACCAGCUUCUCCAUCUCCAGCAUCCUGAGUCGCAGUGAGCCGGCCAAGAAGAACGGCGCCGCCGGACUUAUCACUCCGAUCCCGCAGUUGCCGCAACCAGGAGCCGGCGGUCCACAGGAUGCGGCCAUGUUGUCCAGAUUGGGUUUCAUAUCGCAGUGGGGAGCGUUGGCCGGUCGCUAUGCCGCCCUGUGUCCGCCCGGAUGGCCCUGGGCCCCCCAGCGACUGCCCUUCCACAGUCCCACCCAUGACAGCUCCUCGACGAACACGACCGAGAAUCCGCCAUCGCCCACUUCCAUGAGCCCGAACAACAAUAAUAACAACAGCAACACCACUGCCAGCUCGAACCAAGCCAGCAAAUCGCCCUCUCACCACCCACUGCACCCCCUGUACCAUCCCCUCGGCUCGCAACAGCAGCAGCAACAACAGCAGCAGCACCAACAGCAUCCACAGCAGCAACAGCAUCCACAGCAGCAGCAGCAGCAGCAUCCUCACCAGCCCACCACGCCCACCAGCAGCAGCAGCAGCGGAGGCGGCAGCAGUCUGACCCACCAUCCGCAUCCGCAUCUGACCGGCUCACAUGGCGGAUACUUGCUGCCCAGCAGUUCCAACGAAUCCGACGAGGAGGGCGAGGAGAUCAUCGAGGAGGAUGAUGGUACGGACGGACCCUCCGACAGCUCCUCGCCACAUGGUGAUGGCAACUCGAAGAGAAAGAAGAAAACCAGAACUGUAUUCUCGCGCGCCCAGGUCUUCCAGCUGGAGUCCACGUUCGAUCUGAAGCGCUACCUUAGCUCCUCGGAACGAGCAGGUCUGGCCGCCUCGCUCCGGCUGACCGAGACGCAGGUGAAGAUCUGGUUCCAGAAUCGCCGCAAUAAGUGGAAACGCCAGCUGGCCGCCGAACUGGAGGCGGCCAAUAUGGCCAACAUGGCGCAUGCAGCACAGAGAUUGGUGCGUGUGCCGGUGCUCUACCACGAUGGCACAACGGCCGGAUUUGUGCCACCGCCGCCGCCGCACCACCACCCCAUGCAGUACUAUGCGGCGGCACGCAACACCAGCCCCCCGAGACCCCCGCUCUCGUCGCUGGUAUAGGGAGUGGGGUGCCUGGCGACGGCGCCCAUGUCGCUGCUGAAGCCGCCCAAUUCCAUGGCACAUCCGCCCCAUCCGCAGCCACCGCCGCCGGCGCCGCUCCACAUGCAACAACGCUCCUUCCUGGGCUGCGAGCAGCUGACGGAGACGGACAUGGACUCCGAUUCGGAGCAGGAGCGCAGCCAUAUGAUGGACGACGAGGAUGCCGCCAUCGAUGUGGAGGCCGACGAGGAGCAGGAGUCCGCAUCGCCAGUUCCAUCGGCCACGCCCCCCAAGAGCAGCCUUUGCCUGGAAAGCAAGGAGAGUGGUGGCCAGCACAAGGAGCUAGCGCAAGGAGCUGCUCCGGCUGUGGACAAGUCCGGCAACCAGAAGGCCUACUGAGCCCAAUUCAGUCAAGUGGAUGCACGGAGAAGAAGUCCUUCCAACGUUGUAUGCUUUAAUUUUUCACAUAUGGAAAAUAUACAUACUGAAUACAACGAUUGGGGUCAUGUAAUAGAAACUGUGUUUGAGCACGCUGAAAUGUUUUGAAAAUUCCACAGAAUUCCAAUAUCCUACAUUCCAGGAUUGAGAAAUUUCCGUAUCAGUAACCUCAUUCAGAUAGUGUUUCUCCACUCCGUGCCGGACCACAUCAAUUGGUUUCAAGUUAUUAUGAUAGUUUGUUCCUAAAAUCCACUGUAAAUACGAACAACUCAAGCUCCUUGUACAUUUGGAUGUCUCUUGCUCAAUAAGUUUAGGAUUUUAGAAAUAACCCCACACUAUGUGUACAUAAACAUAAAUAUAUAUAUAUAUAUUUAUAUAUAUAUAUAUUCUGAUCACAAGCGGAUUGGGUGGGGCGCUUGGCUCAUCGUGUCGUUUUUGUGUUUGGCUUUUGAAUCUUUAAAUUGCUGGUCAAGUGUAGGCUAAGUUCGAUAUGCUAAGCCGAUUUGGUCCCUAUGGGCGAUUUGGGCAAUUAUUGUUAGUCUAGUGCUAUUCGUAAGCUGUGUGUCAAGCAAUUACCAAAUAAUUAGUUAAAUUAUUUAUAUUUUUAAUCGAAUGCUAACGUAAUCCAAACUUCAACUGAAACCAAAAAACCAAAAAAACUCAUUAGCGUGCACAGACAUUCACAUGAGAUGAAAUGAAAUGCGUAUAAAUAUACAAAUAACAAACUAUAUAUAAACAUAUUAAUAAAUUAUAU